GCAGUGCGGGGCUGGACAGUGACCCAGGGGCACAACGUAGGGCCAUGCAGUGACCCAGGGGUGCAGUGCGGGGCCAUGGGGGUAUCUAUGGGUGCAGCAUGGCACUGCGGCAGGACCCAGGAGUGCAGCAUGGGGCUGGGCACGGAUCCACAAGUGUAGCGCAGGGCCGUGCUGUGUCCCAGGAGCGCAAUGCAGGGCUGUGCAGGGAUCUACAAGCGCAGCGUGGGGUCAUGCAGGGAUCUACAGGCACACUGCGGGGCUGGACCAUGACCCUGUGCCCACUCCUCUCUCCACAGGCCCCGGGCGCACCAUGGCACUGCCACGCACACUGGGCGAGCUGCAGCUGUACCGGGUGCUGCAGCGUGCCAACCUUCUGUCGUACUAUGAGACCUUCAUCCAGCAAGGCGGGGACGACGUGCGCCAACUGUGCGAGGCGGGCGAGGAAGAGUUCCUGGAGAUCAUGGCGCUGGUGGGCAUGGCAGCCAAGCCGCUGCACGGGCGCCGCCUGCAGAAGGCGUUGCGUGAGGGGGCUGCAGGGCGGCCGCUGGGGGGGGCGGUGGCCGAGGGUGUGGAGCGGCUGUUGCCUGGUGGCCCACGGGCCGCAGCUGAGCCCGAGCCGGGGGCCCUGCAGCGCGUGGGCCGGCGCCUGGCACGGGCUGUGGGCCACGUCUUCCAGAUGGACGACGGUGACCGGCGCAAGGCGGGCGAGAUCCGGCGGCUCAGUGCCAUCUAUGGCCGUGGCGAGAGCCGGCGCCGCGAGGGCCGGCGCCUGUCUCUGCAGGAGCUUACCAUCAAUGAGGCAGCCGCCCAGUUCUGCCUGCGGGACCAGUCGCUGCUGCUGCGGCGCGUGGAGCUCUUCUCACUGGCACGGCAGGGGGGGCGGGCAGGGCCCGGCCCAGCUCCCACAACCAGGCAGCACCCGGAGGAGAGUGGAGCAGGGCAGGCCAAGAGGCUGAAGCAGGAGGUGGGGGAGCAGAGCCGCCCCGCCCCCCCGGUGCCACCAGGGGGGCCUGAGACCUAUGUGGCCCCAGGCAGAGCGGGCCCCGAGGACGAUGGCAGCUUGUCGGGGGACAGCCUGGACGGGCCCCUGCAGGGUGAGUGGGGGGGGCAGGGGGGUUACGAGGAGUCACAGGCAAAGGAAGGGGGGCAGGGGGCUGCAGGUCGGGAGUGA